GAGAGGAGGCUGAGCCAGAUUUCCCCUCGGACACUCCCAUUCUUUUAAAGGUCCUGAGCUCAGCUAACAGUCCCUGGACUCUCCUUGAUCCUGGAUCUCAGUGACCAGUGACGUACACACCUCCCUGAACCUUAUCUCGGGCCGGCCAUCAAGGGUCCUACCCCUCAGUGUCUUGGGGCCCUUCCUGGGAGAGCUGUCUCCUACAGAGCACCUACAUCUGGAGGUCUGACAAUAUCCCUGCUAAGAUCUGCACUUUUGGGCAAAGCAUCUGGAACAGUUUGCUGACAUCUGCUUCUUCUUAGCACCACAUUUUCAUUGGCAUGAUUCAAGAAUAGAAAUGGAUCCUGAAAGUUCACGCAUCCAAGAUGACCCAGAUGUCAAGGUGAUGAUGGCAGGGUCGACUCUGAGAAAAGUCAAGUCACGAUCGUGGAAGAAGCAGCGGCAUUUUCGCCUUCUGGAGGAUGGCCUGACUAUCUGGUACAAGUCAAGAUGGGCUGGCAGAGGUCACUCCACUUUCUCGAUUACUGAGGUGGAGGCAGUGCGUGAGGGCCACCAGUCGGAGGUCCUGCUGAGCAUUGCUGAGGAGUUCCACGCUGACCUCUGCUUCACUUUGGUGUUUCACGGUCGCCAAGGCAACCUGGACCUUGUGGCUGAGUCACCAGAAGAAGCUCAGGCCUGGAUCCAGGGAGUGCGUAAGCUGAUUCGAAAGGCUCAAACAAUGGAUGAGAAGGAGAGGCUGGACCAGUGGGUCUUGGACUGGUUCCAGAAAGCGGACAAAAACAAGGACGGAAAGAUGAACUUCAAAGAGGUGCGGAAACUGCUGAAGAUGAUGAACGUGGACAUGAAUGAGGAGCAUGCUUUGCAUCUUUUCACGAUGGCUGAUAAAUACGAGAGUGGCUCUUUGGAAAUCGAGCAGUUUGUCCAUUUCUAUAAGAUGCUGACUCAGAGGGAUGAAGUGUGGAAGGUGUUCCAGGAUUACUCCGGAGAUGGAGAGAAGUUAAUGUUAGAGGAGCUGGAGAACUUCCUGAGUGUUGAGCAGCAUGAGGGAGAGAAGAGUUCCCAGCAUGCCCAGGAGCUGAUUGAUCGCUACGAACCAUCUGAGUCAGCAAAGAAACAAGGCGCCAUGUCGUUAGAUGGCUUCCAGAUCUACCUGUGCUCACAGGAGGGAUCCAUAUUUAAAUCUGAACAUCUGGAUCUUCAUCAGGACAUGAGCCAGCCGCUCAGCCACUACUUCAUCUCCUCCUCACACAACACCUACCUGCUGGAGGACCAGCUGCGAGGACAGAGCAGCCUGGAGGCCUACAUCCAGGCCCUGAAGAGAGGCUGCCGUUGUGUAGAGGUGGACUGCUGGGACGGCAGUGAUGGGGAACCCGUCGUGUAUCACGGUCACACUUUGACUUCCAAGAUUCUUUUUAGAGACGUCGUCUCAACGCUGAAGGAAUAUGCCUUCAAGGUAUCGGACUUCCCAGUCAUCCUGUCGAUUGAGAAUCACUGUGGUGUGGAGCAGCAGACAGUCAUGGCUCAGCACCUCAGCCAAAUCUUAGGUGACACACUACUGACCACCCUGCUGGAUGGCCAGGUCCCUCAACAGCUUCCCUCUCCACAGGAGCUGAAGGGGAAAAUUCUGCUGAAAGCUAAAAAGAUCAGUGAUCCAGGAGACUCUCUGGAUGAAACUCUGACAGAUGAAGUUAGUGAUGAGGAAGAGAUGGCCAACGAUGAUGCUGGAAAUCUGCCUACAGAGGAGCCACCCGCUGAGGGUUUGAACCACAAUGCAAAGAAAUCAAAGUCCAAACUGUCCAAGGAGUUGUCAGACUUGGUGGUUUACUGCAAAAGCGUGCACUUCCAUGGCUUUGAGCAUGCUCGCUCACACGCCAAAUGCGAUGAGAUGUCGUCUUUCUCUGAGUCUAAGGCCAAGAAGCUUGCUAAGGACGCAGGGACAGAUUUUGUGCAGUACAACACACGGCAGCUGAGCAGGAUUUAUCCCAGUGGUCUCAGGACGGACUCCUCCAACUACAACCCGCAGGAGAUGUGGAACCUGGGCUGCCAGAUAGUGGCUCUGAACUUCCAGACAGCAGGUCUGGAGAUGGAUCUGAAUGAUGGUCUGUUCAGGCAGAACAGCUGCUGCGGCUACGUCCUCAAGCCGGACUUCAUGAGAGACAGCAACACUGAGUUCAGUCCAGAGAAACCUGAGGAGCGGCAGGACUAUAAACCACUCCGCUUAUCCAUACAGGUGAUCAGUGGGCAGCAGCUCCCAAAGGUGAAUCAGAAAGAGGGCUCUAUUGUAGACCCCCUGGUAAGAGUGGAGAUCUACGGAGUCCCACAGGACCAUGCCAAGGAAGAGACCAGUCACAUUAACAACAAUGGAUUUAACCCAGUGUGGAAUGAAACUUUGAAUUUUGUCAUCCACGCCCCUGAGCUGGCCCUGGUUCGCUUUGUGGUGGAGGACUACGAUAAGGCUUCCAGAAACGAUUUUGUUGGACAGUUUACUCUCCCGUUUGAGUGCAUCCAAGCAGGAUAUCGUCACAUACACCUGCUCUCUAAAGACGGAACGGCCAUCCCUCCCUCCUCCCUCUUUGUCAACGUCAGCAUCACAGAGUUCACAUGAAGACGUCCAAUCUGAUGCCAGAGGUGGUCAGACGUUUCCAGAUGAAGGAUUUCAACUGCAUGCACCAAUAAUCAGCAGGGUGGUGGAAAAUUUAUCAAGAACAAAUUCCACUGACUUAAAAUAACAAACAGCAGAAAUAGGUUCUUUGUUUCUCAGCGUUAUUCACUCAAACAAGGAUGUUUGAUUUUUGUAACAGAUGACUCUUCAAAUAACUGAAUCAUUUUGAUGGAUUAACUAUUAAAUAGGGUUUAAAUUCACUAAAAAAUAUGACAGAAAGAAACAGGGACCAUUUAGUCGUAUAACAAAAGUUUAAAGGAAAAGAUCUGCUUGUAUUUAUGUUAUGUCAUAUUGAGUGAUAUUCUCAAUUCAACUUUUUAUGGAAAUAUUUCCUGCAAGCUUUUUAAUUGUUAUUGUCUUUGAAUGAAAGAUCAUGAAGGAUUGCUGCAUGUCUGGAAUGUCUUCUAUAUGCAGAAGUAACAGAGCCUGAAAUAACUGAAAGAGUGAUAAUAGAAUGUUAAAAAAUGGCAAAAUACCAGUAUUGUACAUCUACUAUUAUUAGGUACUUUGCAUCAUGUUGGUUAUAAGAAGUGCCUGCUUGAGUUAUUUCUACUUACCAAUGUAUAAAUUCCAAAUGGAUAUGUUGUGUAUAAUGUAAAUGUAUGUAUAUAUAGGCCUGUAAAUACAUGCAAUACAUUUUCAAACUGGUGCAACAUGCAGUCAACAUUUUUGACUUGUACAUUUAUUCAUUUCAUAUAUUGCAGUUCAUCACACAUGCCUUUCAGUCCACAUUCUCUCACCUAAGUAUGUGUACCAAUGUGUAUCAUGAGCCUUUUACUACACAUUACUAUCCAGUGGUUCAGUUUAAUAACAUUUUCAGCACAUAAAAAAAAACAUUUAUUUUAAUUUAUCACAAACAUUCAACAGAGACAUAGCUGGAGAUUUGUAGUUUUCACUGGAUGGGAAUGGUAUUAAAAAAUCAUUUGAUUAAAAGUGACUUAAGACAAAUGCAGUGGAGUAAAAAGUACAAUGAUUACCUCUGAAGUUAAGUGGAGCAGAAGAAUCAAGUUGAAUAAAGUGGAAAUAUGCAAGUACAAGUACC